GAGGGAUUGUAGUAAAUGCUGAUGAUGAGAUCACAGUGUCUGUGUCUGGAGCAUCUUGAUCUUCAUCCUCAUCCUCAUCCUCAACCUCAUCUUCAUCCUCAUCCUCAUCCUCAUCCUCAGCGCUACUCCCAUUUCGCUUGUAUUUUUCUCAUUAUUUCCAGGUCAGAGGCGCGCGCUUCCUGUGCGGCGCGUGCGCGUGGACUGAAGAUGGCCGCAGAUGGAGGCGCUCUGAAGGAUAUCAAUGAGAUUAAAUCACAGUUCCGGACCCGCGAGGGAUUCUACAAGCUGCUCACCCUCUCGGACUCUCAGCAGCGGGCCGGGCUUCCGCGGGGCCCCUCGGCGGGUGUCACGGUGGGGCCGGGCGCGGGAGCGGGUGGCGGCGCCGGUGUGGGGCUGGUGCAGGGGCAGGGGCCCGGGGCCGCCGCUAACUCCUCUCCGGGCUUCCUGCCGCCUGUGCGGGUGUCGAUGGUGAAGCUGAAGCCCGAGGACCCCAGCGAGGACUCGGAGCGAGUGUGUUUCAACAUCGGCAGAGAACUGUACUUCUACACCUACACCAACAUCAAGAAGGCAGUGGAUCUCAGUAAGCCCAUAGACAAGCGCAUCUAUAAGGGAACUCAGCCCACCUGUCAUGACUUUAACCAGUAUUCGGCCACAGCUGACAGCGUGGCUCUGAUCGUGGGCUUCUCCGCUGGACAGGUGCAGUACCUCGACCCCAUCAAGAAGGAGACCAGCAAGCUCUUUAACGAGGAGAGGCUGAUAGACAAAUCAAAGGUGACGUGUCUCAAAUGGCUGCCCAAGUCGGAGAACCUCUUCCUGGCGUCUCAUGCGAGCGGUCACCUCUACCUCUAUAACGUGGAGCACCCGUGUGGCACCACCGCGCCGCAGUACUGUCUGCUCCGGCAGGGCGAGGGCUUCUCCGUCUACUCCUGCAAGACCAAGACGCCCCGUAACCCGUUGCUCCGCUGGGCGGUCGGCGAGGGAGGGCUGAACGAAUUUGCCUUCUCGCCCGAUGGCGUUCACGUGGCCUGCGUCAGUCAGGACGGCUGCCUGCGCGUCUUCCACUUCGACUCGAUGGAGCUGCAGGGCGUGAUGAAGAGCUACUUCGGCGGGCUUCUCUGUGUCUCCUGGAGCCCUGAUGGGAAGUAUCUCGCAACGGGAGGAGAAGACGAUUUAGUGACCGUCUGGUCGUUCGCCGAGAGUCGUGUGGUGGCGCGCGGACACGGGCACAAGUCCUGGGUCAACGUCGUAGCGUUCGACCCGUUCACGACGCACCUGGAGGACGACGAGCGGAUGGAGCUCAGCGGGAGCGAGGAGGAUCUCCAGCAGGGGGCGCUGCACUUCGGCCGCGUGCGAACUAGCAGCACGCUCUCGCGUCUCUCGCGACACAGCUCCAAAGGAGGCGCUUCGUCUGUGACGUACCGCUUCGGAUCCGUCGGCCAGGACACACAGUUCUGUUUGUGGGAUCUGACAGACGACGUUCUGUAUCCGCGGCUUCCGCUCUCCCGCGCAAUUACGAACACAUUCGGCCCUACGAUUCCUAGCAGCACGGCGUUGAGCGGAAGCAGCGGAGUCGAAGGUCACCAUCAUCCCUCAAACCCUCAUCAGACGUCAACGCUGCCACUGCCUUUACCUCGCUCGCUGUCGCGCUCCAACUCCCUUCCACAUCCCGCCGUCGCAAACACCUCCAAGAGCCAGGGGGCGACGGAGAGCAGCGGAACAGGCGUGAGCGCUGGCACAGGUGGAGGAAGCACACCGUUUAGCAUCGGCCGCUUCGCUACGCUGUCGCUACAAGAACGCAAAUCAGAUAAAUCCGGGGUGGGAGGAGAAAAGGAGCACAAGCGCUAUCACAGCCUCGGGAACAUCAGCAAAAGCAACGAUAAGAUUAACGUGGCGCCGCGCAGCUCCCGGCUAGAUGGCGCUAAAGUGCUGGGAACCACUCUGUGUCCGCGGAUGAACGAGGUGCCGCUGCUGGAGCCACUGGUGUGCAAGAAGAUCGCCCACGAGCGGCUCACCGUGCUGGUCUUCAUGAACGACUGCAUCAUCACGGCGUGUCAGGAAGGACUCAUCUGCACUUGGGCCAGACCCGGGAAAACACUCCCGUCUCAGCCGCUGUCAGCACAGAACGGAAACUCUCCGAGCGGGACCGUGGUAUAGCCGAAGCCUCAUUCCCACAUUCCCAAUUCCUGUGUCUGCAUCCAGAGCCGGUCCAUCACAGCGUUACGAUUCACCCGUCCACUGUAUCCCCACCAAACCACACACUUGAGCUUAAGUUGCACAUGAACAUAAACACACCCCGGGACCAUGAUGCACUGCUGCGACGCACCACGGCUCUCUCCUGCAGACGGACUUUGCAGAAACCCUGCUGGCUUCAUACACUGCAAACGCCACGGCCCUUUUAUUUCCUAUUUAUUUAUUUGAUCAUUGAGUCUUCUAUUGUAUAUAUUCAGACUAUUCUAUAACGGCAGAGGACAUGUAUUGAAAUUAUGAACUCAACUAAUUAAUAUAUGAAGAUCCUAUAUUGUACAUAGUGACAGAUGCAUUGAAUGUGGAUUGACGAGUUCUUGUUCUAGUGUGCUAGUGCUUUACAUGUGGCGAUCUGGCUGAGAAAGUGCAUCCUUUGCUUUGGCAUCGGGCCUGAACUGAGAGUUACGUGCAUUUGUUCGACCGCUAGACUCGAGGUAUCUGCUUCAUAGAUUACAGAUGCUAAUAGAGAGGUCAGGUUAGUGGCAUCUAGAAAUGGUGUCAAAUGGUAGGCCGGGUAUAUGAACCUUAAAAGUGAGAUUUUCUAUAUUUACUAAGUUUUUGCUAAACAAACAACGUCACCGCAUUGUUGGCAUUCUCACGUGACUGUUUAGAGCUAGUCCAACCUGAAAGCAGAUCUCUUGAAUUUUGCCUUGUUGAACGCAAGACUGUGGAAGCCCGUUUUUGGGUACACAAUUAAUAAAAAUAAAAAUGGUUAUUGCAAAUUUAAAUGAAAAAUCUCCCAAUUAAGAAACUCCCAAUUCUAACUAUUUUCUCACAAUUCUUAGAAAAAUUUAAUUUUAUCUGUGGCGGAAACAAAAAGGUGCAAGGUGUAGAGUAAUUAUGUAAUUUUAAGGAAAAAAGUCAGAAUUGUGAGACAUAAACUCAGAAUUCCAAAAAAAAAAUAAACGUUAAGAGAUAUAAACUAAGAAUUCUGAAAAUAACAAAAGUUUAAAUUACGAGAUUUAAGAUAAGAAUUCUCAAAAAAGGUAAAAUUUGUGAGACAUAACCUAAGAAUUCAGAAAAAGAAAAAAGUUAAAAUUGUGAUAUAAACUCAAAAAAGUCAAAGUCACAAGAUAUCAAUUCAGAAUUUUGAAGAAGAAGAAAAAAGUUACAAUUGCAAGAUAUAAACUAAGAAUUCCAGAACAAAAAAAUUGAAACUGCGAGAUCCCCAAAAAGUCAAUUCUGAGAAAAAAAGUUGCAGUAACCUUUUUUUUAUUAUUAUUCCCUGACAGAAAUGAGCUUCCAUACAAGUCGAAUGUAAUGAAAGGGAGAAACUUCUCUGUCAUUUAAGCAGCACAUUUUACCAUGGUAGCACGGAGUAGGUGCUGUUCCUUACACCUGCUAUGCCUCUUGCUAAAUUUUGCACAUUUACAGGUUGAUUUUAGCUCACUGGAGGGACCAUUUUCAGGAGUCCGGAUUACUGAGAGCCAAUGUGAAUUGCGUUUUUAGGGUUUUGUUGUGCAGACUUCUCAAAAGGACAGUGUCAUAUAAUUUCUACCGACGUAUGUGAAUCAGUUCUUGCCAUUAAGCGAAGCAAGAAAACAAAAUCAAUGGAUAUCACAUACACUGUCAGUCAUUACUGUUCAAAUUGUCACCAAAACCAGUUUCUCAAGCAAGUUCUGCAAUGUUUUGAGAUUCUUCAGUGUUCCUGACAGUGAACUCACACCUUAAGGAUGGAUUAUUUUCUCACAAGCUCUUAUUUAAAGCAUCUAAAUUCUCAAACCAACUGAUAGCAUUAAAUUGGUUGAAUAAAUUGGUAGCCAUAUUUGAGGACACUGAGUCUUUCUAGAUGUCUGUGAGGAACCACACAACAUAACCUGGUCUUUUAGGUGAUUUUACUGGUUUAAAUGUGGUUUGGCUGCUUUAGUGAUCCCGGCAUGGAUGUUUCUUCUCCUAGAGGCAGAACUUUGCUUGUAUUUUAGACAAAGGCCAAGCUAAUGAACUCCUAUGCCAUCAUUCCCACCCAAUUACAGGACACUAUGUGUGUUAAAACAGUGUUUUAGCUCUGACGGUAUGUAUGCUUGACACUUAGUUCUCAUUGUUUAUGUCUUUUUGUAAGUGUUUAUUGUUCAUUUUAAUCUCAGAUAUUUUGGGAUUUAUGUUUUGUACGGCUGUAGCAUUGUGAUUGUCUUUACUGUUAACUGGAGAAAAUGGACCAAUUAGUGGAUGUUGGAACGUUUUAUUGUGUGCUUUUUUAAUGCCAUCCAUUAGGUUAAUUUUUUGCUACUUGCACUUUUUUUUGCAAAUGCAUUCAGUUCUGAUGGAUCUUUUGUCUUACUGUAGCGUGUGAAUCCUAACAGAUGGAGGCAUCCAAGAGCGUCCCGCUUCAUCGACGUAUGAAAAUGGAUGAUUUCGGUGUAGCUUCCAUUCUUCCACACUGUUUUUCUUUAAAAUCGAUUAUCUUCCACUGCAUGUGAUUUCAUUUAGCACACGGUUAUAUGCCUGAGUCUGGUGACGUGGCCAACAAUAUCACAAUAUCCAGUUUGUAUAUGGGAAUCUGUUAUUAAAACAUCAAAUACU